AUGUGUUGUAUCAGGUGUGCUCUUGCUUGGUUGAAAUGAAAGCCUGCAGCCACGCUGCCCCUUUCACGGAUCAGUGUGACACCCCAAAGGGGUCCAUCACAAAUGGAUAAAAAAAAAAAAAAGUAUUUUCCAUAUUUUUCUCUGCCACCAGGUUGGCAGUAGACUUUAGCAAACAAAGUCAAAACUACCAUCAUUGACCCACGGCUUCGUAAGGCAGCAGAAGGAGCCGGUUGCCCUGCGAAACCUCAUCCCUGUCCUGGUUAUGCUGAAGAAGAAGAAGAAAAACUGAAAUACACCCACAUUUGAAGCUAGAAAGAGACAGAUAAAGCCAGCCCCCUCCCUUCUCUCGCUCCCUCUCUCUCUCUCUCUCUCUCUCUCUCUCUCUCCCGUAUCCCCACCUCUUUCUCUGUCUUUCUCUCCUAUCCUAACCAACAUGGCCGCUAAGUCGGAUGGAGCAGCGGUGUCUGUGGAAGAUGACAACACGCCCAGGAGCCUCUCGGAGCCGGGGAACCCCGCCGCCCGGCCCCGCUGCAGCGCCGCCGGCGGGAAACCCUACACCCUGCUGGACUGCUGCUGGGUGCUCUGCGCCCUGCUCGUCUUUUUCUCCGACGGUGCGACCGACCUGUGGCUGGCCGCCGACUACUACCUGAGAGGUGACUACUGGUGGUUCGGCUUGACGCUCGUCUUCGUCGUGGUGCCCUCCGCGGUCGUCCAGGUAUUGAGUUUCAGGUGGUUCGUGUAUGACUACUCGGAUCUGAGCGGCGGGGACGGAGCGGCGAGCGGCGGCGGGACCGGCGCGGCAGGCGCGGCAGGCGCGGCGAGCGACAACACUUUAAGCACCAAGGACAGCGACCAGCGCGGUGGGAGCGCGGCGGCGGGGAACGCCGCGAAUGCUACUCCGGUAUACACGUCCUCUGCCCUGCCUGCGACGGCAGGGAGAGUCCGGCCCCCCCGGAGGUGCUGCACCGUCUGCAUGUGGGUCUUUCAAACCGUACUUCACGUCCUGCAGCUGGGGCAAGUCUGGAGGUACAUCCACGCCCUCUACCUGGGCGCCCAGAGCCGUUGGCACAGCAACGGGCCCCGUCGCCACUUCCACUGGCGGCUGAUGUUUGAGAGCGCUGACAUCACCAUGCUCCGCCUCCUGGAAGCCUUCCUGAAGUCGGCUCCGCAGCUCGUCCUCCAGCUGAGCAUCAUGAUCCACGGAAACACCGUCCUCCCUUUGCAAGGUCUCUCGGCCUCGGCCUCCCUGGUCUCUCUUGCCUGGAUGAUCGCCUCCUACCAGAAGGUUCUCCGGGACUCCCGUGACGACAAGCUGCCCAUGUCCUACAAGGCCGUAAUCACCCAGAUGCUGUGGCACUUCUUCACCAUCGGAGCAAGAACAGUGGCCUUCGCCCUCUUCGCCUCCGUCUUCCAGCUCUACUUUGGCAUAUUCAUCGUCAGCCACUGGUGUGUCAUGACCUUCUGGAUCAUCCAAGGUGAGACUGACUUCUGCAUGUCCAAGUGGGAGGAGAUUAUCUACAACAUGGUGGUGGGCAUCAUCUACAUCUUCUGCUGGUUCAAUGUGAAGGAGGGCCCCAGCCGCUUCCGUAUGACCGUCUACUACUCUGUAACACUGGCUGAGAAUGUGGCACUGACUGCCGCCUGGUACACCUACCGUGGCCCGCACACCUCCGACUCCUACGCCCUGGUGGUGGUGUGCCUGGUGGCCUGCAGCUUUGCCCUGGGAACCUUCUUUAUGUUGGUAUACUAUUGCUGGCUGCACCCUGACGGACCUGUUCUGGGCUCACAGUGGGGAGGUUGUGUGGAUGAGGGCGCGGUGGGUGCGGGAGGGGUAGCGGGAGUGAUUGACGCUUGCCUCACCCCAUCCCAAGGGUCCCAAACAGACAUGGUCAUUACCAGCCCUCCAAGGACUCUCCCCAGGACUAAAGACACGGGGGAGCCGGUUCCCGGGGAGCGAGACAGGGACAGGGACAGUUGCCUGCCUGUCUUCCAGGUACGUCCCUCCCCUUCCUCCUCUCCUGCACUCCUUCACAGAACCUCCUCCUCAUCCCGCGCACAAGACGGCCCAGUGAUCCGGAUCGACCUCCCGAGAAAGCGAUACCCAGCCUGGGAUGCACACUUUAUCGAUCGGCGCCUCCGCAAGACCAUUCUACUUCUGGAGACCACAUCAGCCGUCAGCCCCAGGAUACAGUACAGGAGUAGCAUGAUGGGUAGCAAAGAGGUAUUAGAAUACGAGACAACUGUCUAAGCCAACAGGGGCUCUUCAGCUUAAAAGUGCAGUCUGGGACCAAGGCUCAGCCUGAGAUCAGUUCUCAUCCCAGGACUCUCUAACCCAGGAGAAGCAUGGAAAGGAGACACUGAGUGUCAGGGAACUCUUUUUAAGAAAAGAGGUUGUCAAACUUGAUUGUAAAAUGUAAAGCGCAAUCUGGGACCAAGGCUCUCCCCUUAGGGCGCAGUCCGGGAGUAAGUAGCAUGAAUGAGCCGUGGGAAGUAAAUGGAGUAAUACUGAACUGGGAUAAUCUUCAUCUUUUCUAAAAGCUUGGAGGUGAGAAAUUUAAUCUCUCAUCCUGGGACCAAGGAGUGUUAGAUUUAGUUUCAUCCUGCAUGGUCAGAACAAGAAGUAAAAGGAUUUGAGAGCAAUGAAGUUGCAGAGUUUGAGGUAAUUGAGAAACUGUCUGCUGCAUGAACUUGAGCCUUGGACCCUGGAGAUUCAACAGAGACUUACCAGGGAACUUUUAGAGACUGGUUGCUAGAGUUUGCACAGGACAUGCAAUCAUUUAGGUUUGGUAGUAAAUUAGACACUGACAGAAAAUAGGGACUUAUUAUCUUCAGUGAUUUGCAGGUCAAGAGACACCUAGAUGUCUAGGUUCAAACUGGGCUAAAUUUGGUUGCAUAUAAUAGGUUAGAUAUGUUGUUUCGACAACACUUAAAUGAAUAUAUUUCAGUGUAUAUUUCAGUGAAGCAGGACAUAACUACAGGAUGAAAUAUAUUAAAACUGUGAAUGAAACAAUGGCUAUCUAUAAUGUAGAUGUCUCACUUUUCAACCACAUUUUGCCCAGUUUUAACCAAGACAUCUAGAUUUAUUUUUACCACCAAAUCACCAAUUCAUUGCUGAGUAUGCUUCGUAUUGUAAGAAAUGCAUUGACUUUGUAGAGUAUACAUACAGUUAAUAGGAAUUAAUUUGUUUUAGCAAGGAGGCAGAGAUGAUUUGACAUUUUUCAUUUUUUCAUGCUUCCAAAAGGUUGCAUGUCCCUCACAAACUUUGGUAACCUUUAAGCAUUCUGUCUGUGGUGUCUAAAGAGAAAUUUAGUCUCAUACGUUGGGCGCCAGUCUCAUGAGAACACGAGUACCCAUGAAAUGUAGGCUCACAAGUCUCACAGUCUAGGUCCAGAUGGUUUAUGAACUAUAGGCCUGAGAUACAAGUGAUAACAGUCCAUCCAUCCAUAUGUGAUGCAAAAGCAGCCAUAGCAAAAGUCCCACUGUUUACAUCCCAGCUGCACUGUCACCCUUAACCUGAGAAAGGACUUGUUUUAGAAAAAUCAAUCAGGACUGGAUGUAAGGAUGUAAGGUGGACGACUUCUGAAAUGGCUACCACCAUAUGGCAUGCUAUAACUCACCACAAACAGGCUUGUGAUGUACAGUUGAAUAAAUACAGAUGUCAGAUAUAAGCUAUUAUAAUAAGCUGUAGUUAGGUGAAGAAUGACUUUUGGGUGAAGAAGCUUCAUUUACUCGUAAGAGUCUAAAUGUCGUCCACUUUUCUUGGAAUACAUACCAUGUAGGGGUAUGAAGGGUAUCAUGAGUAACCUCAUUAUGCUAUGAAAACAUUUCCAACGUUUGGUUUUUGGGGAGAACAGUAGCUGACGAGAAAUGUCUUUUAAAUCAGGUCUACAGACCUUAAAGAAACCUGUAACAGUUUGUUAGAAUGUGAAAACACUAGGACACAUCCAGUAAGCGGUUAAUACAAGUAACAGUAUAUGCGCAAAGCAAAUUGAUAACAAAAACUCAAAGAUGCAAAAGUACCAUGAUAUUUUUGCAGGCUAGCUAGUUAGCAAUAGCUGCUGUUUCUUGUUACUUGGACUGAUAAGUGACAUUGUCAGUAAACUGAUGGGAAAAAAUGAAAUGGUAAAAACCGAUGAGAACUCCUCUUUGCGCCUUUAAACUGCUGUUGCGAUGCCCUGAAGCAAGGAGCUACAACUUGAACAAAUUCAGCUGAGGUGAUCAGCAACCAACUUCAGAGGUCAAAGUUUAAACGCGGCAGCUCCCACGUGUGAAAGAGUGUUGCUAUCAAUUAGAAGCAGCUAGAUGCUGAGAAAGUCAAGCAUGGUCAGCAACAGUACCUGAAGGAAGAACAGUUAAAAAAAACACUAGCAUCAAAGCUAACUUCUGUCCUCUCUCAUAUUACACAACAGAUUUCUCUUCGGCAGUCUCUCUUUGAAGUUCUUUUCAAAGACUUUUUUUUUAAAAGCCUUUAGGGUAAGUCUGUGCAUUUAAGGUGAUCUGAUUUGUUAUGAAGUGGAAGUUCUUUAAGUCCAUCCCAGAAGCAUUUAAACCAGUGUUGUGAUUGUUUUAGAUAAAGGCAGCAGAAGGUGUUAGCAUUUUAGCAAUGCACUCAAAAACAUUUCUAUAAAAAAAUGCAUUCCCAAUGUGACCUUGAUGCAUCUAAAAAAGCAUGUUCAUCAAAACACUUUUGAAGAUGCAUUUGAUAUACUGUGCAGUGAUAAAGGCUCUCAGUUUGUGAUAUAGUUUAACUGUUAGCUGUUUUUUUUUACUUUAGUAGCUGUUAUACCAAGAUUUUUUACAUUACAACCCAACAAGCAUUUACAAGAUGCCAAUGUUCAGGGGGUCACCAAAUCAUGGUUGACUGACACGAGCACAAAAACCAAAAUAUUAUGGCACAGUCAAAACUCAUAUUAAACUGCUAUAUACUUGUGUCAUAGAUUCUAGUUUUUACAAAGCAGGACAAGCAACAUCUUUGGAUGACUAAAAAUGACAUCUAAACUUUAAUAAUGGCACUUCCCUUACCCUUUUCAAAGCUGAUACAUACUGUUGUAUCAACAUCAAAAUUUAACGUCAACAUGUUUAUAGUGUAAAAACUGAGAAUAUCUAAUCCAGAAAAGGCUGCUGAACAUGUAUGAACCUGCUCACCGUCUCCACCCUGACAAACAAUAGGAAGAAAACAUUUACUGUAGAUUGGAGCUGUGUACUGUUUACUUUUUGGGUAGUGAAGUCUUCAAAACACUUCCCUCCUGCUGCCACCUGGGGCCAACAAAAACGUGUUUGUUGUUGCGGUAUCCAGUGCAGUUUUAAUUAUCACCUUUAUGCUGAUGAUGCAUGUGUAUAUUCUGAGGUGUUGAAGGGACUCCCAGGAGAAGUAUUUCCAACGUUGUGUACUUUAAGUUGAUGAGUAGAGUCACUAAGAGCGGUUUAUAUACUUGCUUUUUAGCAAAGCGUUCACGUAGACAAGCGGCUGUUGUUCAUAUACUUGCCUACGUACUUUGUGGAGGAUUAAAAAGUAUAUCCACUAGCAGAAUAACCUCCUUAAGAACUUCCAAUUUUGAAAACUUAAACAUUAUUAAACAUGGCGACACCUGAGCACACUACUCAAUGGUUAAUGUUGAGAUCAAGGAAGAAAAAGCGGCAGAGACAUCAUAUAAAUGUGACAAGUUCUAUUGGUUUUCCUUCUAAACUUUCCUCCAUUGUCAUCGUUUGUUCAGUCUGAUGCCCCGCCCACACUGUUCAGAGUCAUACUUCACUGCUCACAUUGUUCAUAUAUCUAAUUGCAUCUUGAAGAUGGGUUGUGUUAUUUUCUGAUGGUGUGAUUUGCAGGAUCAGUGGAUACACGGGGUGGCCAUCAUGCACACACAUAUGCACUGUUAAAAGCAAGUAUAUAAGCGCUCUGACCCUCACAAGGUUUGUGGUUGUACUCCCAAUGAAGACACCAAGGGCAUAAAUGUCCAUAUAAGCUCACUUUGGACAUAUGUGUGUCUUCUCUGCAGGGAAACUGUUGUGUCAUUUUAACUCUGGUGGGUGGUAACGGAAAAAUAAAAAUUCAGGAAUACAAUUUAAAAAUUAUUAUUGGUAUUAACUUGGUAAUAGUUUUAUUAUCCCAACAGUGUUGUGUCUUACCUGAACUUAUGGAUGUUGGUACAGUGGUGACAGUCACGGCGAUGUUAAUGGUGCUGAAAACAACUCAUUGUCAACAAUGAUUAUGUCAUGUCGAACAUGAUAGGCCAAUGUACAGAUAAUGCAUAAACCACCCAAUCAUGGGCGGAGGGCGAGGCUUCGCUUUCUCUGAUUGGGUAAUGAACCAGUCCUUUGUCGUUGAGGUAAAAUAACAGUUAAAAGUGGUGCGCUGAAUAUAUAUCAACUUGAACAAAUCAUGUUAAAAAGUAAACAGUGAGUUUAAAAACUCAUAUCAUCUUUUAUUAAUUGAUGCAAGUAUUUAUGUUUAUUUAUUUUUGUAUUUGUUUUAUAUCUAUUUAUCUAUUGUUUACUCACUCGGUGGCCAUGUCUUUGGUAUGACUCUUAUAUUAAGAUGUAAAAACUGAAAAUAGAUUUUUUUUUUACUCAUUCUAUAUAUCUGUAUAUACCAGCGUGGCGCUAUACUAGGAUGUGUGUGUAUGAGUAUGUGUGCUUUGGUUUGUAUGUAUGUAUUGUAUGUACAGUAUGUAUGUAAGGAUGUGCUCUAAGUUUUUUUUGAUAAUGCUGCUUAAACAUCCUCUGAGUGAACGAGUAGAAAAAUAAACUAGUGGUGAAAAUAUCUAUGACGCUGUUAAAAAAGAACUCAACAAGCUGUGCUGAUAACUGUAGAUGGGAACAAUACUGUAGUAAACAUGGCUGAACAGCCGUCGAAAUAAA